UGCCAACAUCAAAGGAAGCGUGCAAGCCACCAUAUCUUCCUAAUCCAAACCAAACACCAACCAACAAAUGGGAUCAACUGUUUGUAUAUCUCCGGCAGCCUUCACCGCAGUCGCUCGCAUUAAACCCUCUUUAUCACGGACCAGAACCCUUAAUACAUCAAUCUCCUUCUCUACGAACCCCAAUCGGAAUUUCACCUUCAAACACAUCUUUUCUUUAUCAUCAUCAUCGAUGGCUUCCUCUACUCUCCAUGUCAUGGCUUCCUCUUCCACUGGUGCUGCAAGUGAAGAACUAGAUACUUCAUCUUCUACCUCUGUUGGAGCAAAUGAUUUGCUUAUUGUUGGACCAGGUGUUCUUGGUCGCCUAGUUGCAGAAAAAUGGCGGGAGGAACACCCAGGAUGCCAAAUCACUGGAGAGACAGUUACUACUGAUCACCAUGAAGAGCUUAUUAAAAUUGGGAUCAAUCCAACAUUGAAGGGAGUUAAAUGGGAGAAUAAGUUUCCUUAUGUGAUCUUUUGUGCCCCACCUUCUAGAAGCUCAGACUAUGCUAGUGAUGUUGGGGAAGCUGCAUCACUUUGGAAUGGAGAAGGUUCUUUCUUGUUUACUUCAAGCUCAGCACCAUAUGAUAGAUACGAUAAUGGACAAUGCUAUGAGGAUAGUCCAGUAGUUGGCUGGACUUUACAUAUCCUUUUGCUAAAAAAUAGAGGAAUGCAUUUGUAUUACUUAAAACAAGGAACCAUUGAAGCUAAUCCUCAUCACCUUGUCAAUCUCAUCCAUUAUGAGGAUGCCGCCUCUCUCUCGGUUGCAAUUCUAAAAAAGAAAUUACGCAGUCGGCUAUUUUUGGGGUGUGACAAUCAUCCUGUUUCAAGACAACAAGUGAUGGACUUGGUUGCUAAGAGUGGGAAAUUUGAUCCAACGUUUGUGGGCUUUACUGGCACAGAUGGUCCUUUGGGUAAGAAAUUGGACAACUCAAAGACAAGGGAGGAGUUAGGAUGGGAGCCUACAUACAAAAGCUUUGCUCAUUUUCUUGGGGAAACUCCCUUUCCACCAGUUCUAAUGAUCAAGAUUUGCUUCAAAAUUCUCAAGAACCAUUUGUAG